CGGAGUAGAAGAAUCAUAGUGAACCGUCGGGUGAGCCAGUUCAUUGCAGUAGCGCAUCUGCUUUAAUAAUCCUUUGGUCUCGAGUUCUCUCUACCUCCAUGCCACCUGUGAAAGCCGUUGCGAAGUGCGUAGCACGUGGUCCGGGGAAAUAGCACUGCCCAGCAGAGAUCUACGGAUCUGCAGCGCAGGAAGCUUGAGACUUGGCCUUGGCAGUACUGUAAUCGUACGGAGCUCACAACAAACGCGACGCGACAAUUCGACCUUUGCAAAAAUCGUGAAAUCGUCAGCCAUGGACGCCAGUGAGUUCCCACUUGCACUUGGCUUCGUUAUCUGGUGUCAUUUUCUAACACAUAUCUAGCACGAGAGGAGCGCAUGCAGCAAAGACUCCGAGGAAGCCAGUACGACCAUCCGAAACACCCCACGAGAUCCCACGAAUUGACAACUAACACGCGAAUAUUUUAGGAGACAUCAAGUGAAAGAAGUUGAUUUUGGCCUCACAUUUCCUGUCGUUCCGAUACCUGAAGAACCUUCUUCUGCUGGCCCUUCUCGGAGAAGUCCUCGCCUCGAAUUGCCCACCCCCAUCCCCCUUCAACAAACACCCGGAAACGAGGAUACACCAGCACAAGAACCUGCGACGGAAACAGUCAAUGCAUCUCUUAAGAGGGGGAGUAACAAUAUAGAUGCCAAUACAUCCGCGAAGAGGAGGAAACUUGACACAGACGACCCUCGGUCAUCUGGGAGCAGAAGUACACGAUCUCGACCUCAGUCCAUACCGGAUGCCUUCGAAACUCCUGGGGAACCUCUCGAAGAGGAACCUCGAGAUAAUUUGGCCUCAGACGGCUCAGCCAGCAUCCAUACGGAGGCGUCCCCCGUACAUGUGUCUUCGCCAGAUCUGGGGUUGCCUGAAUCUGUGUCCCGCUCUCGGGUUGAAACGACGCCUGUGAUGGAUUCUAGGGUCCAAGAAGUUAGUGAAAGUCCAGUUGAUGCGCCCGGUAGUGGUCGUAGAAAAAUUACAGAUGUCACGAGUUCCCAGGUGCAUCCAACAAAGAGUAGGACACCAAGUCCAGUCAAGCCGAAGACAACCCCAGGUUCGCGGAGGAAGAGUCAGAGAGAGGAGGUGGAGGCCAGUCCUUCCGUUCAUGAUGAUUCGUUCGAUCGGAAUGAACUUGAGAACGACUCCUCCGUCGUUGGUAUUGCAGAAUCUUCCCCCACCAAGCCCAGAAAAAGAGCUCGAAAGCAAAAUGUCACAAUUUCUGUCCCAGAAGAGGAACAAGAUGGUGAAACAUCAAACCAAGAGGACGAGGAGGCCGAGGCUAUUGGAGAUGUUGAGGCCGCUGCUAUACUGAGGAAGCAUCAGGGUCGAAGAAGAUCUCGUAACAUUCCAGCACCAUCUCCUGACCUCGAUGAAGCGGAGCAGCGACAGACCAAGCCCGCAAAAACUCGUAGAAAACAGCCAGCGCCAGUGGUAAGUCCAGCCGAGAAACGCCAACCACGACCACAGCCCAAGGUGGUUUCAAAGGUGGUUAAGAAAAGUGUUGCAAAAUCACCCAAGAAGCCCGCCAAGGGAGCCAGAGUUCGGAUGGGCAGUCCAAUCCCGGUUACAGUGUACCGCCUUACAAGCAAGCCCGCUUACGAUGACGAGGAUAGCGACUAUGAAAUACCAGUGGACAAGCGGGCAGGUAUGAACACAGUAGAUGUGCUUGGUCAGGUUUGCCAGGAGAUAAUAUCAUCGGGAUCAGCCUUCAUCGAAAGAAGCGCGGAAAACGCCAUUGAUUCCACUCAAAGGAGAGAGUGUAGGAAUAAACAUCGUGCUUUAAAAGUGUUUGGUGAAGAAUUGCACUUGCGGCUCUUGACACAGGUACUUUCAGCCAUCCACACAUUUUGAUUCGUACUAACAGUAGCUAGCAAACAACCCUUGAUAAUACAUUUUCUCUCGAGAAACGUGUUCGAGAGGAACAGAGGAAGAAGUUGUCACUUCGUGAAGAGAUCCGUCUCGCUCGAGCAGAACGCCAAGAGGUGGCUUUCCGUUUGGAUGAAGUAAGAAUUAAACAUGAAAUGGAAAGCAAGCAUGCUGAGGUACGUAUAUUUAUUACAUUCUACCAAGACAUCCUGACUAAUCGACCUCAGGGAAAUCACGAACUCAAUCUGGCAAUGCAUGAUGUCGAAUUAGCUGUCGAUCACGGGAGAAGCCAUUCUCAAACAGAUAACAAUUCGAAGAGUGGUGUCGAAGUAUUGCUGAAACGCGUAGCUGGUCUCGUCAGCAAAAAGGGCGGUUCUGGUGGUAUUUUGGAGCAGAUUAAGAACUUCAAUGGGUUCUUGGAGAGGGCCGCUUCCGCACUGGAGUCGAAAAAGAGUUAGGAAUUUGUUUACGGCCACAGGAACGGAUUGAUUGAUACCCAUGAACGAUAGAAUUCAAGUUAUUUGACUG